AUGGCUAAAGGAAAGGGCAAGCAAUGGGGCAGAGCGUACCACGUCUGCAAGGGCAAAGACUGUCACAACUGGUGUUGGGCAGACGCUGUGGCGAAGACUCCCAAGUGCAGUGGGCGAUGGGGACGCGAAGAGGGCAACAGCCGUCACUUCCUGCGCCUUCUCCACUCCAAGUGGGCUGAGCUUGGCGACGCCACCAAGGAGGCUUUCCAGGAUAUCCAGCUCCUGUUGGACUCCCUUGAGGAAGUUCCUUCGGCCACUCCUUACCAGGAAGAAGUUGGACCUCCAGGCCUCGGUCAACCAGGCCAAAGAGGACCUCAAGUGGACGAGCUCCAGGAGGUAGACAAGCUGAUGGAGGAGGCCAAGCAGGCCAUAGACGAUGCCCAAUCCAAGCUCACUGAAGCUCUGGAGCAGUCUGAUCCCACCCAGGCCUCCCCGCCGCCUAUUGGGGAAGUGGCUUCCUCUCAGGAUUUCGGCAAGGCCCUGGGAAUUGAAUUUACCAAAGAGCAGCAGGCAGUGCUGGACAAAGCCGUUGCGGCUCACCUGCCUCCGGGGCUCACCGCGCGCACCGGCCCGGUCUUCCACUUCCAACCAAGGCUCUCCCAGCCACAGGGCAAACCAGAUCAGGAUCAGAAGACAAGGGCUGAGGACCUCGAUUCGACCAAGGAGGCCCCAGACGCUUCCAUGAAGGAACCGCCAGAGGGCGAACUUGAAGAGAACUCCAACCCCCGAGACCGCAGCCCACGGCGCACAAGCCGUAACGGCUCCAAGGAGGCGAACAAGGCCCAGGAGUAG